AGGAGCCCCUCUAGCGGUCAAUUAGUGACCUUUGUUUCAAUUUACUUUAGGGAAGCUCGUUUCUUCAUCUUUGUCGUCUCGGUUAUCCUCUUGCUCGCGAGCAACCCCUCCUGUUAUCUCGACCUCGACAAAGACUCCGUCGAAAUCUAUAAACGAUAAGAUACAGCAUGUCGGCCUCGCUACCUGGCUCGCGGGAACUCCCCGCUUCCCAGCAUGAUCUCGGAACAUAUAUGGGACGGGUGCGCCAUACAAUGGGCAUCACAGACCCCUCGACCCUUCUCGCGGGCAAGACUGGACUCGAGGCGGCCAAGAAGUUGGUGACGGAUUACAAGACCGGCAAGGUCGAGCACAUGUCGCCAGCAUUGUGGCAUGCGAAGAAGGUGGUCGACUCUACACUGCACCCUGAUACCGGCGAACCCAUCUUCUUCCCCUUCCGAAUGUCCUGCUAUGUCUUUACCAAUCUCGUCGUCACCGUUGGUAUGCUCCAGCCCGGCAUGGGAACGGUUGGCAUUGUGGGAUGGCAAGUCUUCAACCAGUCUCUCAACGUCGCAUUCAACACCGCCAACAGUAACAAGUCGUCUCCCAUGUCGACUUCUGUUUUGGUCAAGUCUUACCUCUCAGCUGUUGGAGCUUCUUGCUCUGUUGCUCUCGGUCUCAACGCUAUUGUUCCUCGACUCAACGUAACACCUUCCACCCGCGCCAUCCUCGGUAGACUCAUUCCUUUCGCGGCCGUUGCUACAGCUGCCGGCCUCAACACCUACCUCAUGCGCCGCGACGAGAUUGUCAAGGGUAUCGAUGUUCGACCUGUCCUUUCCGAGGAUGACAAGCAGAAGCUCGUCGCCGAAGGCAAGUCAGAGCGAGAUGUUCCCUCGCUGGGCAAGUCUCAAUCUGCUGCCAAGCGUGCUGUAUACCAGACCGCUGCUAGCCGAGUCUUUACUGCGUCUCCCAUCAUGGUCCUCCCCCCAAUGGUUCUGUACUAUAUCGAGAGUAAGCAGGCCUGGUACAAGAAUCUCAUGGAGAAGGAGUGGGUGCGUGCUCGACCAGCACUGGUCAAGGCUAUCCCCCUUGGUAUCAACCUGGGUCUUAUCGCCGCCACCUCUUUUGCCGUUCUUCCCUUCGCUUUGGCUGUUUUCCCCCAGUACCAGGAGGUCAGCGCCAAAUCGCUUGAGCCUGAAUUCCACGGCAAGGGAGGCAAGGAUGGCAAGGUUGUUUUCAACCGUGGUCUGUAAAAGGUCGCUUGACCUAACCACUGGAGCUGAGCUGAGCUUGGUAGUCGGACAGUGAAAUAUAACCCCAACCGCUGUGCAAGCUGAUGGUUCGCCCACGACUUGCGGCAGCCUGAGUCUGCUUGGUAAACAAGCCAAGGAUAUUCCAACUCUCGGAAGAGACAUGAGCAAAAGAUACUUCCUCGUUGUUUUGACGGUAUCAAAGAUGGUUCACAAAUAGGGACGGCGUUUACGGGAUAGAUAAAGAGUUCUUGCGUAUCAGAGCUGAGUAUACCGGAAUGCGAGGGAGAAAAGGUUGCUUCAACCCUUAGAUGGCUCGGUUAAUCGAUAGAUCUAGACUCGCUUGUAUUAUCAGUAGUUAUAGAAUGGACUUAUAACGCAUA